CGGGAGGGGGCGCCAAUGCGCAGGCGCAGCCCUGCCCGCCCCGCCCCGCGGGGAGGAGCCGUUGGCGGCGCGCGUUUGAACCCAGGGCAUCUUGGACCUGCCCAAUGUGUGCAAAAGAAGUAUUCAAUAUUAACUAACAUGUCUUCCACCAAACCUUCCAAUGAAAAUGAAACACCUGGAGAGAGAAAACCAGGACUGAGGAGUGUCCAGACAACUAUGCUCUUCCGAGCUGUGAACCCAGAGCUUUUCAUUAAACCUAACAAACCUGUGAUGGCAUUUGGACUGAUAACAAUUAGCCUCUGUGUGGCCUACCUUGGUUAUUUGCAUGCAACAGCAGAGAAUAAAAAAGACCUCUAUGAAGCAAUCGACAGUGAGGGGGCCAGGUACAUGAGAAGGAAAACUUCCAAGUGGGACUGAGAAUGUAAGAAAGGAAAUCAGCAAAUGAGUCACAGAACUUUUCAAGGCUGUGUUUUUUUCUCUUUCCAUUGCAUAAUGGGUAAAUGUCUCUUGCUAUCUAAUCCAGUUCAAGUUCCUUUAUAAAAUGCUGGCCCUGUACAAAUAAAUUGCAAUAAAGAUACAUGCAAACGUAAAA